GAGCUGAUAUCAAAGUCGAUGUUGACAAAUAUUGCCAGAUAUUCGCAUAUGUUUAAAUAACUCAGUAAGGCGAAAAUUACAUUGAGGACGUAAGGAGUGGCCAAAGUUCAGCACUUCAGCACGGCUACGUCCCAAACCACAUGCUAGCCUCCCAAAUAGCAUGGCAAAACUGUAGGCCAGCUGACGUAAUGUUCUGACAUAAGCCUCCAUUCUGCUGUUUGGGACGAAGCCGAGGUGUGCGCUCCUGCCAGUGCAAAGGCGACUCCUCACUCGUACGUGCAAAGAGAAUCGGUUCAUCUGUUCUGUUUCCAAACGGAAUCCUCUCAACAUGGAUAAGUUUCGGAUGAUGUUCCAGUUCUUACAAGCUAACCAGGAGUCUUUUAUGAACGGAAUAUGUGGUAUCAUGGCCCUGGCGAGCGCACAGCUUUACUCCACGUUUGAGUUCACCUGUCCGUGUCUGCCGGAGUAUAAUUACGCGUACGCUAUCGGGAUUAUGAUCGUUCCUCCACUAUGGUUCUUCAUGCUCGGCUACGUGCUGAAUAAUAACAUCUCGGUGCUGACUGAGGAAUGGAAGAGGCCCAUAGGUCAGCGGCAGAAGGAGCCCUCUGUGCUGCGCUACAUGCUGUGUUCCAUGACCCAGCGCGCGCUCAUCGCUCCCUCCGUGUGGAUCGCCGUCACGCUCAUGGAUGGCAAGAGCUUCAUAUGCGCCUACAGCGCCAAGGUCGAUCUGAGCCAGUUCUUAAACAAAAGCAGCGUGUUUAUGCCUGAUAAAGAUCUGGAGAGAAUACUGGCGACAAUUCCCUGCAAAAAUAUCUUCGACGCGAAUUAUGUCAUCAACAGGGAGGCAGCAUCCAGGUAUAUUCGGGUUAUGUCGCAGGCCUGUGGAUGGGCAUUUCUGAUGGCAACAACUUUUGUGGCCUUCCUGAUAAGAGCAAUCCGACCUUGUUUCACUCAAGCCGUCUUCCUGAAAACCAAAUACUGGUCCCAUUACAUCGAUACAGAACGCAGGCUCUUCGAUGACACGUGCAAAGAGCAUGCCAAAAGUUUUGCCAAGAUCUGCAUUCAACAAUAUUUUGAGAGCAUCAGUGGUGAAAUGGUGUUUCACAAUCUGCCAGCGAAGGAAAAGGAUGGAAAAGAGAAAGGUAACGAUGAAGAAAAGCCAGUGAGUGAAGAAGAAAAGCUCCUAGGCAUCCGUGAAAUGGAGGACAUGAAUAAAGUUCUGUGGAACUGGCAUACCUGUAAACCCGCACUUAGCCUUCAUAAAUAUGUAAAAGAUGAAAGCACUAAUGAGAAGUCAAAUACUCCAGUACACAUUAAUGGUUAUCACAGGCCGAAGUCCAUGAAUGAAUCUGCGGCGUAUUAUUCCAAGGUCUGACCUUAAAGAAUAGAUAACAUUUACAAUUUAUGCAGCUAAUUAAUGUUAUGCAUACACCUAAAUCUAACCCUAACCUAUACAUCAGUAACAAAAAGGAAGCUUCUUUUUAUUUAAAUAAAAGUUGCAGUUUUUGUUUAAAAAAAAAAAAAAAAAAGAAAUGAAAGGGGAAAAAAGCUUGUUCACUAAUUGGGAAAAUGACAACACAAUGUUGUAUUGGAUCACUGUUUAUGGAUUUUUGGAAUAUUUACACAGUGGCUGAUGAUGGGAGUUUGAAGUUUGUGUGAAAGAAACUUGAGGUGAAUCUGCCUAUCACAUGGCGAGACUGAGAAUGUUAAAUAGGCCUACAUUUUCACCAACAGGGGGUGCUGUUUUACGAUAUUGACGGGUUUUAAAUCAUACAUUAAAUUCAAAGAAGGCUGGAGAAGCGGAUGGUUAAAAAAAAAAAAACCUUGCCAACUUCCUUUGCCAUCUUCCUAGUUGGAAAACGAGCUCGUUGUGUGUGCAGUCUGGAUUAGAGCAAAUAUGAGUUACAUUUAACCUUAUUAGUUUUUGAUUUACACAGAUUUUACACAGGCAGGAAUUCCGUCGUUUCGCCCUGCAGCCUCUUGUCGUUCUGGGAGUUCCUCCUGACCACAUGUUUUGAAUACUUGUGUUUUCCACUGGGUUAGAAACUAGUCACCGGUCUGAAUCACAGGCUACUGCUGCUAAAAGCAGACAUAUAAAAGACUAUUUUCUCACUUUCAUUUUCAUUUGGGUGCUGGUUCAUAGAGAUUAAAACACAAAUAGUGUGGUUUUCUGCAUGACUUCAUUCAGUUCAGCCUGUUAUUCUGUUGAAAACCUCUUGGAUCUUUGAAAAAGUUAGCCGUGGAACAUAGGUUUGUAUGACUUUUUUUCCCCCCUCAUUAAUGUUACUCUGUUUUUUCUGCACAUGGCUAUACAAACUCUUAUUUUAACUAUGGUAGUUUGAGGUUAGUCUUUAUAUCUUAUAUCUGUUGUAUUACAUAACUCUUAGUGAAACCUGAGCUGGAUACAGCAAUGCUCAGAACAAAGAAAUAGUCAAGUAAUAUGCAUAGCAAAGUAAUGCAAAUAAAAAUGUCAUGUUUUUUCUUCUA